UUACUAUACCGAUUACCGUGAGCUUAAAAGUGAUAGCAUCAUCAUAAUGGAUAUCGACACCUACCUAACUACGUACAGACCGGCUCGGUUAUUUUGGUGAUUAAUUGCUAUCAUUGCGUUAUUAUAAAAGACAUUAAGUAUUACCGCAGCGAUGUAUUCGAUCGGGGUCAACAUUUUUGUAAAACAUUAUAACCUCCAGUCGUGUCGCAAGGUUUAACAGUAUCAAGUUUGGUGCUCGUAUUUAUUAGUUCUUGUGUUGUAAAAGUAUACCGGAAAUGUUUAUAAGAUUAAUCAUAAUAAGCGCUGUUUUAGUGCAAAUAAGAAGUCAAAAUGCUGACGGGAAGAGUUUGUUCGAUUUGGACAACGUAAUAGGCAAUCUUUUUCCUAAUUUACAAUCAGGUGCGGCGGGAAAUCCGUUGGCAAAUUACCCAGGUGCCCCAACUAAUUACCCAAUUAAUAUUGGUCAGACGAAUAAUCCCCAAGGAAAUAUUUGGAAUAAUGGAAACGGCAAUCCAGGAGUGAAUUAUCCAACUAAUUCACAAUAUUACCCAGGCAACGGAAUUCAGACAAGGUGGCCACCACGCAAUCCUGGGAAUAUAAACAAUUGGAACAACCCCGGUUCAUCCGCAGGGUUACCUUCUAACGGGAUACAAGGGAGGCCGCAGUAUCCGGGAUCAGGAAGUAAUUGGAAUGGUGCUAAUUCGAACUACCCGCCCAAUGAACAGACUUUACCUGGAGGCGCACAGGAAAGACCAUACCCGGGACAAGGUUACUUCGGACAAAAUCCAAAUAUAAACUACCCGGGUAAUAAUCAAAUGCCCAAUAAUAAUAACGUCAAACUGCAGAAACUUAACCCUAAUUAUCCAGGUGCAAGAAAUAAUUGGAAUAAUGGGGCUGUAAAUCCGGGUAUUAAUUAUCUUGGGAACACGCAGACUUAUCCAGCAAAUGGAAUUCAGGGUAAAAAUUCUGCUGCACCCCAUACUUGGAAUCUGAAUAAUCAAAUACAGAAUUUGCAAAUGCCUGGAGAAACAGAACUAGGACUAAAUAAUCAAAACCAAAUAAACGUUCCCGGUAACACAUUUGAAGGGGGAUUUCCGAAUGAAGGUCAAGCGUUUGGUCAACAAACUCCUGUCUUCAGCCGUGGACCUGCCGAGGAAAGUCCUUUCAAUACUGGUUUUCGGCACGAAGCUUUACAAUACCCCAAUCAAAGCGGAUUGACGGAUGAAUCUGUCAGUACAGAUAAGGUGGCUAUUUUAGGCAACCCCGUGAUAAUAUCGAAAAUUACACCGCCGGCAGAAUUCAAAAGGGAACCUUCUGUAGACCAGACUCAAUGUGUACAAGACUGUCCGACGAGCACAAGGUACAAUCCGUUGUGUGGAAGCGAUAACAUAACAUAUUUUAAUCGGGAAAAAUUUGAAUGUGCCGUCAAGUGUGGUAUUGAUGUCAUGAUUGUAAGAAAAGGUCCGUGUGAUGCGUAAUGACGUGUAUCUAUCGAUAUAAUAACAUUAGUAAUAUUAAAAUAAUACCAAUUCUCAUUAAAUAAAACAAUACACC